AUCAACGAUUAUGGGCGAUGCUCCAUCUCCAACACUGACGUAGCACAAUGGAACAGAGAUCUUAUGCUUGCAUUUCAGGCAGAACUGGAAAUAAAUCCAGAGGCUGACCUGAUGUCAAUGUUCUCCAACUCAUAUCGUCUUGAACAUCAGAAAUCCCAAUAUCGUCAGCUCUCUUAUCCUGCGAAAAUCAGUCUCCGAACCUUGCAUGAGCUCCGUGAUACACUAAGGGAUGAACCAGAAGUCAAUAUGCUGUCCAAAUUUCCGAAAAAUUAUAAUCGCAGGAUUACAAUGGCGACUGGACCGAAGGUUUUGCCGCUGGCCGAGAAAGGUACACCCGAGUCGCAAGGCCCUGAGUUCCGCACACGUCUUGAUCUUGCCGAGACUGCCACGGUCGUCUUUCCUUUGUCUAAGGAGGUGGCCACUCUGCUGGCGCAAUUUUCAGGAGAUCCUUUGGAAGAUGGGCCGAGUGAAAACGGGGAAGCAAGCACUGAUUGUGCCUUUGAAGCAAUUUCUUUCGAAAUCGCCAAAGCUGUGGGAGAAUCCUGUUAGAGGUGUUGUGGUUAAGUGCAACGACGACAUUGUUGCCAAAGUCAUCUUAGGAAAUAGGAAUUACACGGAAUACACGAGCAUGGAAUUCCUUGCUGAGCGGGCGCCCGAUAUUCCUGCUCCGAGAUCCCACGGCUUGAUCCCGUUCGGUCCUUUUCGCGUUAUUUUCAUGUCCUACAUUCCAGACACAACAUUGGCCCAAGCAUGGUCUGGCCUGUCACACGAGGGAAAGUUAUCGACCCAACAGCAGCUGGAAGACAUUUUCUGCAAUUGAGGUCUCUUCGACAGGACGAGGGAAAGGCGCUUGGGAGGACAGCGGCUUUUAUCUGGCGUACUAUGAGUGUACUACCCUAACACGCACCCUGAGCCUGGUGGAUGAAGACGACUGGUAUCUCCACUUGCCAAGGAGCAUCUCGCCUUCAAAAUUUCCUAUACGUUGGCUUGUUGAUCGACUUUGGGGGAUUCAUGUCCGGUCCACAUGGCUAAAACCUUGGAGGGCACUUCGGGACGAACAGAAGUCUCUCCCUAGCUUCCGAUCCCGUUCCUGAGCGAUUAUUCUCGAAGUUGGUCGAAGAGCCAUCAGUCAGAUGGUUGUCAAUCUUGCCUGCAAGAUGCUGAUGCCUACCGUUUGUUUGUGUCCUAGAUCGUAACGGACUGAUGCCGUAGUAUACUGGUUUUACUUGUGUGAAGUAUAGAUGUGAAGUUCAAACUGUGUAGCCCG